UUGCUCUCUUGGGCAGAACGUUGGGGGGUCAAGGCACAAAAUCGGGACAAGAGUCAGUGGUGCCUGUUGGAUCUGCAUGAUCAAGGCACCCCUCCUCGUUCCUCCCCUCUCCUUCAUGUCCCCCCCCGUACUAACCAUAACGUAAUCAUGUAACUUACUAACAUUCCUAUGCCAUUUCCUCCAUUUUAGAUCCUUGUACCGCCCUUGAUUAACUAACUCGCUCGUUGCUUAUUAACCGUGAUUCAUCAUCAACAUCAUCAUCAUCAUGUCCGGCGAUGCCUCUUCCCAGCCCACCGCUUUGGUCAUCUUGGCCGAAGGAGCCGAGGAGAUCGAGACCGUGGUGAUUGUCGACGUGCUCCGAAGAGGAGGUGUGACAGUGACUUUGGCUGGUUUGGAUGCUGACGAGAGCCAAGCGGUGCUCUGCUCCAGGAAUGUCCGGAUUCUCCCGGAUUGCUCGUUGGCUAAAGCCACGAACCAAGACCAGAUCUACGAUGCCAUCAUAUUACCGGGUGGUGGAAAGGGAGCGGAGAAUCUCAGGAAUUCCUUGGUUGUAGGAACACUCCUCAAGGAUCAGGAAUCCUCGGAUAGAAUCAUUGGGGCCGUCUGCGCCGCCCCCACGGCUCUCCUUCAACACGGAAUCGCUAAAGGAAAGAAGAUCACCAGCUACCCGGCCUUCAAAGACCAAUUGGUCAAGGAUUACGAAUACGUGGAGGAGGCUGUGGUCGUGGAUGGCAAAAUUGUGACUAGCCGAGGACCUGGAACUUGCUUCAAAUUUGGCGUGACUUUGGUCGAGCAGAUCGCCGGACCGGAUAAAGCUGCCCCUUUGGGCCAACAAAUGCUUCUUUAGGGUUAAGAUCUCUUGGUCAAGCACACACACACUCUGUGUCUCAACCAAUUUUAAUUUGUGCAGACAACUUCAACUAUGGUUCACCUUAACAUGUUUUAAGUCCUUACAGUACCACGCUCAAUAAAGUAAGGGGAAACUCGAAAACGAUAAAUAAAGAGUCCCAAGAUUUUCAUAA